UUUAACAUACAUAGGUUUAUCUUUUUAAAAAACCGUAUACAUAUAUUCACUUAUGUGAAUAUAUAGGCUGAACGACUGGACCUAAUUUGUACGACUUUCUUUUAAAGUGGACCAAAACAUCAUGGCUAGGCAUAACGGCAGUAUGUUUUGGGAAACAGCAUGGUUCGUCGUAGUAUUGCUUCCCAGAUUCUUCAACCCUUCGUUGGCCUACAUGGCCAAAACCGUGGAUCUGCAGUGCCUCAUUGACUAUGAAACAGAUAUGAACUGCGACGUGACCUCCGACAAACCCAUCAGCUGCGCUGAAUACAGAGUGGAAGUAAUAAACAGUUCAUUCCGGUGCAAUUUCACAACGAUGGAUAUUAAUGCAACUUUCAAAUGUCACUGUAAGGUGAAAGUGCCAUUUUUCGCUUAUGGAGACACGUACACUGUUCAUCUCCUAAAUGGAAAACAAACCGAGCGAACCAAAUCAUUUAAAUCCACAGAAAUUAUUAAACCCAAAGCUCCAACCAUCUUAUCAGUAAAUAAAACAAAACAUGGAAAUUUCAUUGUCACUUGGAAGCACAACUAUGACGAGCGUACCUAUUUCCCUCAAACUUUGGUGACACACCUAAGCUACAGGAUCAAGGGAGAUACACAAACGUACACAAGAGAGGUGGACUCAAGAUCCUUUGAAAUAGUGGGCGAGCAUUUGCAGCCAAACACCAACUAUGUCGUAACCAUCAGGUGUAUAAGCCCUGAGUUUGGGUCCAGAUUCAGUGACUUCAGUGAUGAAUAUGAAUUUACCACUCCUGCAUCUCCUCCAAGAGUCUACGAGUUUUUGAUCGUUGUGGUCUUGUGUGCCAUUCUCAUGAUUGUUAUAAGCAUUUCCUUUUACUACUAUGGAAAGGUCAAGAAACAGUGGUGGGAUAAACUUCCUAAACCUUCAAAAAUAGAUUUGAUUCCAGAUGAACACAAGUUUUCAAUUUUGCAUCCAAUGCAAAUUGACACAUCAUCAGUUCAAGUGGAAAUUCCUAAACUGGACAUAGAAGAAAAACACUGGGCUCCUUCACUGGCUGAUGAUAGCACAGGAAACAGUAACCAAACUGUUAACACAGGCUCAGCCUCAGUUGAUUACCCAAAUGUUUUUCCAGUCUGUCAGGAACAGAACAACAUGCAAGAUAUGGUUGAAAAGGCCGUAUCUGAAAUCUUAAGUCAGUUCAAUCCAUCUCUUCAACUAUCAAAUGUUGUCCACAAUAAUGAUUCUUAUAACGUUUGUGGAAAUCUGGAAUCAUCGGACGGAUAUCGUCCUGACAACCAAGGAGACUCUGGAAAAGGUUCUGGAUCGUCUUUCUACAACAACAAGACUUAUGAAGAAUCGUCUCAGAACGAAUCUUCGUUUUUAAGACCAAAAGUGAUCAGGUGUGACUCUGCUUAUCAUUCCAGUGGAAGUGAGAUGUCAAUCCCUGUUUUGUUUGGCAAAUGCACGCCUCUCAUACCAACUGAUUUUGAUUAUGGACCAGUUAGCAGCUGUUCAGUUAGCGCUUCUCCACCAGUAGGUCUCGAGAUUGAGAGUCUGGAUGCUGGUUAUCAGAGUUUCAGUGAGGUCACCAGGAAAGAAAACAGCGCAGAGAUGCAGUGUCUCAGCCUGCCACGAGAGCCAAUAAACUUCACGGCUUUAAGUCAGUUCUGCAAGGACAAAAUGGCGCUCUACAAAAACGCACCCUGUACCAAGUUACCUGUGCUAACCAGCGGCAUUGAGCCAUGUGAUAAUGAAUACCAAGCGUUAUGAAGCCUGUGAUAAAGUUCUGCCAAUCGCUGUCCAAACUCUGAGCCCUGGCCAAUGGGAGUGGCCUGACUCUCUGGAGCUGAAAAAAAUACUUGGAGUUGCACUUUUUGCACUGUGUAAGUCAUCACUAGAAAAUGUUUGUCUACCUGCUUUGCAUAUUCCCACAAGUAUGCCUUUCAUAUUUCCGCACCAAGGCCACUGUGGUUCUUUAAAAAAAAAGAAAGAAAGAAAAAAAAGCGUGAGGGCAAAAGCGCAAAACCAAGCACAUUUAAGAUCUCUGUUGUCAACAUCUUUUGUGUGUUUCUGAUCUUUUUGAGAGCCACGGUUUUCUUCUUGACAGUAUGUAUCAUUUUAAGGAGGGGAAAAUUACUUAAAGUGCUUUGAACAUGAAGUUGAGUAAUUGUUGCUGUACGUGUUUUGCACAUUAUUCUUAUCUUGUCGAGCAGGCUUGUUACAAAGUAAGCAGUACCUCUUGCAAGACAUGGAGGAAGUGCUUGGUUAAAGUACUUAUCACAUUUGUCACCAAGCAUCUGUUACAGAAAAUGAAUGUGGAUGAAUAUUCAAAUAUGUAAGAAUGUCUGGUCUUCUCCUUAGUGUCAUAUCACAAACUUCCUCUUGUAUGGUUUUGUCCUAAGAGAUGUUGACUGUUACAUUAUAAGAUUUAGC